CCGCGUUGGGGGCCGGUUACGCUCUUGCUCGCGAUACUUACUAUCGAGAACGUUAACAUGAGUUGCGACGUAUUUUUUUAACGACUCGAAGUUAAGUGUUUUAACAUCAGAUGUGAAAUAAAUAAGGAAUUGAUUACAAAUGUGCAGAUGUAGGAACGUCACUGUAAACAAAACCAGCCCCAAAAUGAAACGCCGCUUACCGCCAGUGAGGGAAGAUAUUCCCCAACAUAGUAUGUGCAAUAGUGACUUAGUUGUGUAUACUAUGGUGACUACAACAGCGGUACUCAGUUAUAUUAACAGUCUCAAUGGUGAUUUUGUUCAUGACGAUAUACCUGCUAUAGUGACGAAUAGUGAUGUGACGGGGAGUAGCCUGAAACAGCUGUUUUUGGAUGACUUUUGGGGUACACCGAUGGUUGAUCCGCACAGCCAUAAAUCUUAUAGGCCGCUGACAACACUGUCUUUUAGGUUAAACUACGCGCUAGCCGGUCUAAGACCUUGGUGGUGGCAUGCAAGUAAUGUGGUCCUACAUGCGGCUUGCAGCGCGCUCGUCGCUCGUACGUGCGUUACCAUAGCGCGAUUGCAGCGGCCGUUUGCAGCACUUGCUGCUUUACUAUUCGCUGUACAUCCUAUACAUACAGAAGCGGUAGCAGGUGUGGUUGGCAGAGCGGAUGUACUUGCAUGUAUCUUCUUUCUAUCAUCUUUAUUAGUAUAUCAUAGACCUACUAGUAGCAAGAAGAGUGUGUGCUUAAGUGUGGUGCUGGGAGCUCUAAGUAUGCUGGCUAAGGAGACAGGUGUAACAAUAUUACUUCUCAACCUGGCUAUUGACUUCUACAGGUGCUGGCCUUUCGUAAAGAGGUCAAUAUGCUCUAUGAAAAUAGAAAAGAAGUGUGCAGGAUUGUCAAUAAGAACAAUUAAAGUCGUCGUGUCCCUCGCAUUGCUGAUCAGCGUUCGUCUCGCUCUGUUGCACGGGACGUGGCCUGUUUUCUCGCCCCAAGACAAUCCUACAGCGUUCCACCCGAGUUUCUUUGUACGACUGAUGACAUUCUGCUACCUGGCGGCCUUCAAUUGGUGGCUCCUUCUGUGUCCCUGGACCCUGAGUCAUGAUUGGCAGAUGGGCUCUGUGCCUCUCAUCACCAGCAGCUGGGAUCCUCGGAACCUGCUCACUUGUGCUGCAUUGGGCACUCUUCUUCUACUCUGUUAUCGGUGCUUUACAGAUAUGGAGGUACAAAGACACUGUCCAGUCGUCGUGGGUCUUCUUUUUCUGGUCAUACCUUUCUUGCCUGCCAGUAACUUGUUGGUCACCGUUGGAUUUGUCAUCGCAGAACGUGUUCUUUACAUACCAAGUGUUGGAAGUGUAAUAAUAACUGCGUACGGUGUCCAGCUGAUGUGGUAUUCAAAGCCGGGAUCAAAAGUGUUUCUGGUUGUCGGUCUGGUGGUACUGGCAGCUAGUGGGGUGGCCAGAACACACAGACGUAAUGCGGACUGGCGCGACAGGGCGACAUUAUUACGCGCGGACGUUGCAAACCUGCCGCAGAACGCCAAACUUCACUACAACUUGGCAAACUUUCUACGAGAAACAGAGCAGCCCGACUUCGCCAUCAAGCAUUAUAAGGAGGCUUUGAGGUUGUGGCCAACAUAUGCAAGCGCCCACAACAACAUUGGAACAUUGGUGUCGGGCACAGACAACGCAGAGCACCAUUUUCUACAAGCGAUACGAUACAACAAACAACAUGUCAACGCUCAUUACAACUUGGGAAAGCUUUACAAGAAAACAGGUCGUAUGGAGCAAGCAAUAAGAAUGUUGGAACGGUGUAUCACGUUGCAACCUCGAUUUGUUCAAGCUCAUGUUGAACUGAUGUCGUUGAAACCAGAAACAGAAAAAUUGAGCAUUUUGAGAAGACUGGUAGAGUUGGAGCCUAAUAACUGGGAACAUUAUAUUUUGUAUGGAAAUUGGCUCAAGAAUAAAGGUCUACUAGGUCCAGCAUCCAAGUACUAUUUAGAAGCAACAAGAGUUAGUAUCCGUUCGAAGUCAUUACAACGCUCCGUGCGGGCUGACCUCAUCUCCUUAAGAUCAACUGCACUGGUGUAUCGAGCUUUAGGGCAGAAGUCUAGAAUUUUACAGCUUUUGACACGAUGGCACACAUGGCGAAGAGGUUGGCCUAGUAGCGCUGCCGCCCAUAUGUAUUGGAGAGAUUGGAGACUAAAGAUGGAACUGGAGGGGAGAGUUCAGAUCUAUUCCAAAGCAGUGAAUCCUACCAAAUCAAAAACAUGCUUUGACCACAAGCACCUGGUAGUUGAAGCGGUUAAAGAGGACAUUCCCAUUAAAACCAAGAACAAAGUUAAGAAACAAUUAAGUGAUUGUGAAAAUAUUAACUGUGCGUGCACUUCUUGUAAUAAGAAAAACCUAUAUCUAUCAACUCAAAUAAAGAAUACGCACAACAAAUCCGAAAUCGGACUAAAAGAUAAAAAAUGCAGACACAGAAAGGAAAAUAAAGAUAGCGAUCUUAUGCCGAAAUUGGGUGCAUUGACUGAACAUAUUCUAAUGAAAACUUUUUAAUAUGGACUUAUAGUAAAUACGCUGACAAUAUCGCGAGGUUAAUGUAGAUAAUGUUUUUGAGGUUAGGAAUUUUAUGAAUAGCUCUUGAACUAUAUCAAGCUUUUAUGGAAUUUAAGUUCCACUAACUUCAACGGUAACAUCGAGGGGAGUUAUUUAUGUUACAUGUAGGUAUAUAGUAUAUAUAUCUUAAUCUUUCAAUAUGUGAUCAAAUUAUGAAAUGUGUCAUUACAUCUACGACAAACAUAAACUCAAACUCAAAAUAUCUUUAUUCAAGUGGGUAACCAAGUACACUUUUGAAUUGUCAAGUUAAAUUAAUCGUAAAUUUACAUUUACU